UGAAAGCGGAAGACAAAGCGUCUUUCAUUUCUGCAUAGUGCACGCUUAUUCUUCUAGUGAUCGGAUCGUUCUGCAAGGUGUGUGUUCUGUGGUGAAAGGUUCGAUCCUUGGACCUAGCUGUAUUGAAGCAUGCAGUCCAGCCUGCGGGGAACCUCACUGAGGCAUCACUUACUGGCAGCAGCUCUGCUUGUUGCUCUAACAGCCCAGUGCUCGGUAAGCACAGGACAGGGUGAAGAGAGUAGCAGUGACACCAUCUCUCUUGUAGCCACCAAUGGACAGCCUUUCCCCUGGAACAAGAUGAGACUUCCCAGCUCUGUCAGUCCCCUUCGCUACGACCUCCUGAUCCACCCCAAUCUCACCACGCUGGACUUCACCGGCUCAGUGAGGAUCACCGUUCAGGUCAAAGAGGAUACCGGCUUCGUUGUCCUGCACAGCAAACAUCUACACAUCUCCAAGGCAGCCGUUCAGCAGGGAAGGGGUGGGAGCAGUCCGCUGCAGGUGUUGGAAUACCCUGCGUACGAGCAAGUGGCGCUGCUUUCAGACACGCCUCUGGUUACCGACAGGCUGUAUGUGAUUUCCAUUGAUUAUGUGGCGAACCUGUCCGAGAGCUUCCACGGCUUUUAUAAAAGCACCUAUCGAACACGAGAAGGAGAAGUCAGAGUUCUGGCCUCAACCCAGUUUGAACCCACGGCUGCCCGCCUGGCAUUUCCCUGCUUUGAUGAGCCUGCUUUCAAAGCCAACUUUUCCAUCAAGAUCCGAAGAGAGGCCAAGCACAUCGCCUUGUCAAACAUGCCCCUGGUGAAGUCUGAGGCCCUGGGCGGCGGGCUGCUGGAGGAUCACUUCGACGUGAGUGUGAAGAUGAGCACCUACCUGGUGGCGUUUAUCGUGUCCGAUUUCGUAUCGGUCAGCAAGAUGAGCAAUAACGGAGUUAAGAUCUCCGUCUAUGCUGUGCCGGAUAAGAUAGAUCAAGCACAUUUUGCUUUAGAAGCUGCAGCUAAACUCCUUGACUUCUAUGAAGACUAUUUUAAAAUCCCAUACCCGCUUCCGAAACAAGACCUGGCUGCUAUUCCUGAUUUCCAGUCCGGAGCGAUGGAGAACUGGGGCCUGACAACCUACCGGGAAUCGGCCCUCCUGUUCAACCCAAAAACCUCCUCGGCCUCAGAGAAGCUGGGCAUCACCAUGAUCAUCGCUCACGAGCUGGCACACCAGUGGUUUGGUAACCUGGUCACCAUGGAGUGGUGGAAUGACUUGUGGCUGAACGAAGGCUUCGCCAAGUUCAUGGAGUAUGUGUCUGUCAACAUCACCAAUCCAGAGCUGCAGGUGGAGGAUUACUUCCUGGGACAGUGCUUCAAUGCCAUGGAGGUGGACGCUCUGAGCUCCUCCCACCCCAUCUCCACUCCAGUGCAGAACCCUGCCCAGAUCCAGGAGAUGUUCGAUGAUGUGUCCUAUGAAAAGGGCGCUUGCAUAUUAAAUAUGUUAAGAGACUUCCUGACUGCAGAUGCUUUCAAAAUCGGCAUUAUCCGUUACCUGCGUCGCUAUAGUUACGAGAACACCCGCAACGAAGACCUCUGGGAAAGCCUAACCAAUGUUUGCCAGUCGGAUGAUCUGGAUGAGGGGCGCCUGCAGGGAGAUGGGUUUUGUGCAGGAAGCCAGCAGCUUUCAGCAACCGCGAAAUGGUACAUGCAUGACGAGCUGGAUGUGAAGACCAUGAUGAACACCUGGACCCUACAGCAGGGCUUCCCCCUGAUCAGUGUGAGCGUGCGCGGGAGGGAGGUACGCCUGAGCCAGGAGAGAUACCUCAAGGGCUCCGACCCCACCCAGUCCUCCCAGUACUUGUGGCAUGUUCCAUUGACCUACAUUACCAGUAACUCCAACACAGUCCACAGAUUCCUGCUUAAAACCAAGAAUGAUGUCCUCUUUCUCCCUGAGGCGGUGGAGUGGAUCAAGUUCAAUGUGGGGAUGAACGGAUACUAUAUUGUGCACUAUGAAGACGAGGGCUGGGAUGCCCUGAUCAACCUGCUUCAAAAGAACCACAUGGCUCUGAGCAGCAAUGACAGGGCCAGCCUCCUCAACAACGCCUUCCAGCUGGUCAGCAUCGGGAAGCUGCCCCUGGACAAGGCCCUGGAUCUGACCCUCUAUCUGAAGAACGAGACGGAGAUCAUGCCGGUGACGCAGGGCCUGGGUGAGCUCAUCCCGCUCUACAAGCUCAUGGAGAAGAGAGACAUGAGCGAUGUGGAGAACAAGAUGAAGGGCUACAUAGUGCAGCUGUUCAGAGAGCUGAUUGACAGGCAGACGUGGAGUGACGAGGGCUCUGUGUCUCAGAGGAUGCUGCGCAGUUACCUGCUCAUGUUCGCCUGCGUGCGCGGCUACCAGCCCUGCGUAGACAAGGCUGAGCGCUUGUUCCAGGAAUGGAAGGAGUCCGGUGGGAAUCUAAGUUUGCCGAGCGACGUGGUGCUGGCAGUUUACUCUGUUGGAGCUCAGACGCCUGAAGGGUGGGACUUCCUGUUUGAGCAGUACCGCCAGUCCCUCUUCAGCGCAGUGAAGAGCCAGAUUAAGGCAGCUCUGACCAUCAGCAGGAUGCCACACAAGCUUCUGUGGAUAAUGGAACAAAGCCUUCAAGGAGACACUUUGAAAAUGCAGGACCUGCCCUACGUUGUUGUGCACGUCAGCAAAAACCCAUCCGGACACAAACAUGCCUGGGAGUUCCUGAAGACUAACUGGCACACGCUGGUGAAGAAGUUUGAUCUGGGCUCACAUUCGAUUGCACACAUGGUGACUGGAGUGACUAACCAGUAUUCCACAAGGGAGAUGCUCGAGGAGGUGAGAGGGUUCUUCGAGGCCCUGGAUGAGAGCGGAUCUCAGCUGCGCUGUGUCCAGCAGGCAGUGGAGAGCAUCGAGGAGAACAUCCGCUGGAUGGACAAGAACCUGGACAAGGUCAAGGGCUGGCUGCAACGCAAUCACCUGUAAAGAUGCUCUCGAAAGCCAUUUUCUCCAAAUCUCAUUCAGCUCAUUUAUUAUUUCUGAAAGGAAAAUUACAAUUCUAAAAGGAAUAUAAAAUAACUUGAGACUGCUUCCAAGACCCUAAAUGAAAAGUAUUGAGUUGUUUCAUUUUUGGUUUGGUAGCUUCAUUGGCUGCUUUUUUUUCCUUUUAAAAACAAAACAAAACAAAAAAAAACAAAUAAUUGCGGAAAUUUCGGUAAUUUCAGACUAGAACUGCAGCCCUUUCCUAAAAACUCAAGGAUAUUCUUGUUUCUAUUUAAAUUAUACAACAAGGUUAUUAAAAACAAAACAAAAAACCACCGGUCAGUUGUGUGUAGAAAGAGGUUUUCUUGCCCUGGGACUUUCUGUGUUCUGCUGUCAGCUGAGCCUGUUUAAAUUUGAAACUCUGUACCACUGAAAAGCUGAAGAUCGGUUUUGCUUUUGAACCACUAAUGCACAGAAUUUUCCGUUUUCUUCAAUGACAGCAGUUUACUUUUGUAUAGAUGCCUAAUUGUAAAUUUGAUCCCCCCCCCCCCCCAAAAAAAAUGCCUUGUUUUAAAAUGGCUUAUGUGUCAUUUCUGUUGUUAGCUUCUUUAUUAUUUUUGGGGGGGUGGGGGUUCAACCUGUUUUACUAAAAUGACAUGAGUCUGUUUAUUACAGAGCAGCGUUCUUCUCUUUCAAACUAGCAAUGCCAAUAGGUAUUCCUUUAGCAUACCAGUAUACAGAGGGUGGGCCAUAAACAAUGCUCUAAAACAAAACACUAUUACAGACAAGCUACAGCACAAGACUAGGUGCAAACUUCACACCUGGCAAUCUGGACCAUGUCCUGUAGCAGCUACCUGAAAUCAAAGCAUUGCUGGAUCUCGCUUCAAACAUGCUUGCUUUGCCAUUUCUUUCACAUGGUUCACUGUUUAUAAAUCAGCCUUGUAUGUUAUGGAUUAACACUGGCAGGAUUAGUUCUUUCAUUGGCCAGGUUGUCUUUCUAUUGCUUAAGAAAUCAUUAGUUUUUUAAAUGAGAGUUUUUGUGUAGAAUAAUAUAGAUCAUGUAUUUCGCAGUGAUUUCAUUGCAGUUACCAAGAUGAAGUAGCACACAAUCUGAAAUGCUUUAACAGUAAAGAACAUUACAGUUCACAUGCACAGGUAAAUGUAUUCUUGACCCGGCAGAGUCCCAGUUGCUUUUCAUUUUGUAAAACUCUGAACACUCUUGUGAAAUGUGAAUGAUGACGUGUGUGUGCUGUACCACAUGACACAAGAGAAAGGAGGGGUGAGCUUUUUGUUGAUGUGUGUGAUCAAGAACUGUUAAAUAAAACAAUUAUGACAACCCA